AUGAAGGUGUAUGGACAUGACGGUAGUGCAUUGGCUAGCGCCAUCCGUCCACCUCAGGAACCCCCGCCAACAGACCCCACUAACGUGUGCCGUCCGUCAGACUCCCUCAGCCCUACACCACCCCCCGAACAUCGUCAAACGCCCGUUGCGAACUUAACUUUUGCCAUCAGUUCCGAGGCACGAUUAUACACCUUCUCGGAUGAGACCAAGACCAAGCUACGCAAGUUCCGUUUAGGCACCUCGCGCGCCAAAGACCCGCAGGCCGUCAUCUACGAAAUCGAUAAGAAGACGCUCGAAGUACGCCAGGCCGACGACGACGUCUACUCCGAUGUACAGAGCCUCGCCGACGAGCUCCCCGACCAUGCCCCGCGAUUCGUGCUCUUGAGCUACCCGUUGACCCUCGACUCGGGACGGUUAUCGGUGCCAUACGUCAUGCUAUACUACCUGCCGAUAACAUGCAACAGCGAAGUGAAGAUGCUGUACGCCGGCGCAAAGGAGUUGAUGCGAAAUACGAGCGAGGUCAACAGGAUCAUCGAGAUCGACAGUGCUGAGGAUUUGGAAGAGAUUGAGAAGCUGCUAAAGGAUGUCUAG